GAACAGGAUGGUUUGCCGUUGUAACAGGCCAGAGGAUUCUCAACAUGUUCCUGAUGAGAUUAGAAGCUCCUGCAGGGUAACAGAGCCACCCGCCGCGUCCUGCUGAGCUCUGUUCUCUCCAGCACCGUCCAGUCCACCAGUGCCCUGCACUCUUGCUCCACCAGGAACAACCACCAUGUCUCGCCAGUCCAGUGUGUCCUUCCGCAGCGGGGGCAGCCGCUCCUUCAGCGCAGCCUCUGCCAUCACCCCGUCUGUCUCUCGCACCAGUUUCAGCUCCGUGUCCCGGUCCGGGGGUGGCGGUGGUGGCAGGGUCAGCCUUGGGGGUGCUUGUGGAGUGGGUGGCUAUGGCAGCAGGAGCCUCUACAAUUUGGGGGGCACCAAACGGAUCUCCAUCAGUGCUAGCCGCGGAAACUUCAGGGACAGAUUUGGUGCCAGUGCUGGAAGCGGCUUCGGCUUUGGAGGUGGAGUCGGCAGUGGACUCGGUUAUGGCGGUGGAGCUGGCGGUGGUUUUGGGCUCGGUGGUGGAGCUGGCUUUGGAGGUGGCUAUGGGGGCGCUGCCUUCCCCGUGUGUCCCCCGGGCGGCAUCCAAGAGGUCACCAUCAACCAGAGUCUCCUCACUCCUCUGAACCUGCAAAUCGACCCCACCAUCCAGCGAGUGAGGACUGAGGAGCGGGAGCAGAUCAAGACCCUCAACAACAAGUUCGCCUCCUUCAUCGACAAGGUGCGGUUCCUAGAACAGCAGAACAAGGUCCUGGACACCAAGUGGGCCCUGCUCCAGGAGCAGGGCACCAGGACAGUCAAGCAGAGCCUGGAUCCUUUGUUUGAGCAGUACAUCAACAACCUCAGGAGGCAGCUGGACUCCAUCCUUGGGGAGAGAGGCCGCCUGGACUCAGAGCUGAGGAACAUGCAGGACCUGGUAGAGGACUUCAAGAAUAAGUAUGAAGAUGAAAUCAAUAAGCGUACCACCGCUGAGAAUGAGUUUGUGAUGCUGAAGAAGGAUGUAGAUGCCGCCUACAUGAACAAGGUGGAGCUAGAGGCCAAGGUGGAUGCCCUCAUGGAUGAGAUCAACUUCAUGAAGAUGUUCUUUGAUGCGGAGCUGUCCCAGAUGCAGACACAUGUAUCUGACACAUCUGUGGUGCUGUCCAUGGACAACAACCGCAGUCUGGACCUGGACAGCAUCAUCGCUGAGGUCAAAGCUCAGUAUGAGGACAUUGCCAACCGCAGCCGAACUGAAGCUGAGUCCUGGUAUCAGACCAAGUAUGAAGAGCUGCAGCAGACAGCUGGCCGACAUGGUGAUGACCUCCGCAACACCAAGCAUGAGAUCUCUGAGAUGAACCGCAUGAUACAGAGGCUAAGAGCUGAGAUUGACAAUGUCAAGAAGCAGUGCGCCAACCUGCAGGCCGCCAUCGCUGAUGCCGAGCAGCGUGGAGAGCUGGCCCUCAAGGAUGCCAGGAACAAACUGGCAGAGCUGGAGGAGGCCCUGCAGAAGGCCAAGCAGGACAUGGCCCGGCUGCUGCGUGAGUACCAGGAGCUCAUGAACACCAAGCUGGCCCUGGACGUGGAGAUCGCCACCUACCGCAAGCUGCUGGAGGGCGAGGAGUGCAGACUGAGUGGAGAAGGAGUUGGACCAGUCAACAUCUCGGUCGUCACCAAUAGCAUGUCAACUGGCUAUGGCGGUGGCAGUGGCUUUGGCGGUGGCCUCAGCGGAGGCUUUGGAGGUGGUCUUGGUGGAGGUAGCAGCAGUAGCUACUACUCCAGCAGCAGUGGGGGUGUUGGCCUCAGUGGUGGGCUUAGUGCAGGUGGCUCUGGCUUCAGUGCAAGCAGUGGCAGAGGAAUGGGGGCGAGCUUUGGCAGUGGCGGGGGCAGUGGCUCCAGUGUCAAAUUUGUCUCUACCACCUCUUCCUCCCGGAGGACCUUCAAGAGCUAAGAAGAACCCGCUGCAAAUCACUUGUCCCCUGAGGGCAGCCACCCGGCACCCAUGGAGUUGCCUCUUCUAGCCAGUCUCCCAAGCUGAGUUUUCUCUUUUUCUGGAGAGUAGUCUAGAAAAAGCCUAUUGCAGAACCACAUUCUUUGGUUCCUAGGAGGACCUAGUUUCUUACUUAUCACCCACAUCACAAUUCUAUCUUCUACUUCAGAUCACGCUUUUCUCUCCACAGUGUGGCCUGUCAUGAUACAGGAACCCAAAGUUUUCCAAUCUCUAAACCAUCAAAACAGAAUCUGCACCCCAGUGCCCACCUUAAUCUCAUCCUGGUUCUGAC